AUGAAUGAGGACGAGAAUCAACCAAGGAGGAGUGACCGCGACAGGAAGGAGCCAGAUCGGUACGAGCCGUCGUGGGACAACUCUAAGAAGAAUGCAAGACGACAAGAAGAUUUGGAGCAGGGGAAUUUGGAAGACGGAGAAAGUAAACCCCUUGGUAGGACUCCAGUGAAAUCUGAAAAUGAGUCAAUUUUGGGCAAGAUGUUCAGCUUCAACCCGUUUGGACGAAAGAAGUCACCAACCCCAUCAUCGUCGUCAGUGUCAUCAGCGACGCGAAGAGCGAAUUUGGAAGCUGAACAUGGACAGAAGGUCACCGAAAAGGAAAAUCAGAUGACCGAAUUACUAGAAGAGUUGGAGGUCUCUCAAGCGGAGGUGGACAGUUUGAAGUUAGCUGUUAGCACCAUGCAAUCAAAGUGCGACCCCACUCAUCCAUUAUAUAAAGAAGAAGCUGUGGCUCAUCUCAAGCAAGAAAUUGAAGUUCUUAGCGAAAAAUGGGCAUUGAAAGUGGCAGAUCACAAGAUUUUGGCUGCCCGAACCAAAGGAAAAGUGCAACGACUGAAGAAUGAUAUUAUUCAGUUAGAGAAAGUGAAAGCAGCCGGGUUUGCUCAGAUCGACGAAGAUGAAGAGCAACACCUAGGAUCAGAUGAAGAGCGAUUCAUCAAUGAGAAUGAAUAUCAGAGUGACUUCAGAACCCGUGCACCAGAUUCCCCACCACCCACAUCUCGAGUGAAUAUGCUAGCCCCACAACACCAGGUUGAGCAGGCCAGUAAUAAUCAAAUUUUGGAGAUGAUGGCAAGAACGCUGCAGACAAUCGCAUAUAAAGAUUCAGACAGCAACAACAGAACUGAUAAGAUGAUCAUUCGUCAAACAAUAGGACGUGAUCUACCAUGCUUUAGUGGCAGAGCCGAGGAGUGGCCUGCAUUUAUCGCGUCCUACCAGAGGACAACGGAUGCAUGCGGAUUCUCCGAUGCAGAGAACAUUGAGCGCCUCCGCAAGUGUUUGAAAGGCGAGGCGGCUAAAAGUGUAGAGUGCAUGUUAGUGUCACCGAACGGACUCUCGGAAGUGAUGAAAGUGUUGGAGAAACGAUUUGGUCAGAAGGAACACAUCAUCCGAGCUAUGAUAGCCAAGGCGAAGCAAAUCCCUCCCGUUCAGCAAGACAAGCCGGAAACGAUCGUGGAGUUUGGCACCGGAGUAAUUAAUCUCACAGCAACAAUAAAAUCCCUUGGAGAAAGACAGCACCUACAGAAUCCAAUCCUUCUCACCGAUUUGGAAGAAAAACUGCCAGCUCCUAUGCGAGCACAGUGGAAGAAAGAAUUGUUGAAAUCGGGGCAGAUUGGCAAUUUAGUGAGUUUUAGUGAAUGGGUGCAACUCGAGUCAGAAGUUGCCACCCUCAUGACUUCUCCCAAGAUAGAAGAGAAGAAACCAGAAAAGAGGAGCCAGCAUCGAGACCGGAAGUCAGAAGACGAUUUUCCUACUGCAGCUGGACUCAUAAGUGGUCAGUCUGGGAAAUAUUGUGUAUUUUGUGAAAAGACCAAUCAUUAUGCGAGCGAGUGUUUCAAGGCGGAAAGAAUGACCUUAGAUCAGAAGAAAAAGAUUAUCAAAGAGAAGAACCUCUGCUAUAAAUGUGUCCGGCCUAAACAUCAAGCUAAGAACUGUAAAUAUGUACUUAAGUGUGAAUUGUGUGGUGAUGUUCAUGUGAAGAUAAUGUGUCCUCUGCAGAAGGAAAAGAAAACUUCACACCCACAACAAGAGCGUGACUCGCAAGAAAAUGUAGUCGCCACCAGUGCCAACUACUCGUGCCGACGCGAUGUUUUAUUGAAGACGCUCCUAGUACGGGCAUCAGGUCCGAAGGGGUCAGUUUUAGUGAGGCUCAUCUUUGACGAAGGGAGUCAACAAAGCAAUAUUGGAUCCACCACAGUUUCAAAGAUCGGAAGUUGCAUGGUGGGAGAGGAACUUUCUCGUAAUGUUUUGUUCGGCGGAACAGUGACCAAUUGCAAGAUGGUGAAGAAAUUCAAGGUGAAAUUGGAAAGCCUGAAUGGAAAAGUUCACCGAGAAUUGAUCCUGAAGGAGACGCCAACAAUUUGUGGGGAUAUUCCAAGAAUCCCUAAAGGACCCUGGAUGAAGGAGCUGAAAGAUAAGAAGAUAUGGAUUUCAGAUUUUGAAAACUCUCAUGUCGACAACUCAGCCAUAGAAAUCCUCAUCGGAAGUGAUAACUGGGGUCAACUUGUCACCGGAAAGCCAGUGAAAUUGAGUUGUGGCCUGUACGCAGUGAAUACAGUUUUUGGGUGGACCCUCAGUGGACCAGUUCCAGGAUCCAAAGCUAAAGAGGAAAGUUUGGCCAUGACAUGCACUUCACUUCUUACUGGUCAAUUUAAUAUACAAGAAAUGUGGAGCUUAGAAUCACUUGGGAUUCAAGACUCGUCGGAUGUGAAGACCAAGAAAGAAAAGGAAGAUGCUACAAGACAACACUUCCUAAAUACAGUGUCAAGAAAUCCAGAAGGACGCUACCAAGUUUCCCUUCCAUGGAUUGAAAAUUCUCCAGCAAUUCCAGACAACAGGAUCGUGGCGGAGAAGAGGCUCAUAUCUGCAACAACAAAAUUAAGAGCAGCUGGAAAAUACUCAGAAUACGAUCAAAUAUUUAAGGACUGGUGUCAAGAGGGCAUCAUUGAAGAGGUGAGCAGCGAGGUUACUCCAGAUAAAGUGCAUUACCUCCCUCAUCGUGCGGUAUUCAAGCCGAACAGUGUAACGACACCAGUCAGGCCGGUCUUCGACGCGUCCUGCAAGGUGGCGAGAAAUCCUUCUCUCAACGAGUGUCUCGAGAAAGGACCCAAUCUACUUGAAUUGAUCCCUUCCAUUCUACUAAGAUUCAGAGAAAAGAAGAUCGGGGUCACAGCAGACAUCAGAAAAGCCUUCCUCAUGAUCGAGAUCAAUGAACAAGAACGCGAUUUUCUCCGGUUCUUGUGGUGGGAGGGAGAGGAAGGAAAAUUCAAAAUUUAUCGUCACAGAAGAGUAGUUUUUGGAGCAAGCUGCAGUCCGUUUCUAUUGGGAGCAGUGCUGGAACUACAUCUUCAAAAUGUGAAACCCGAAUAUCAAGAAAUAGCACGGAAACUUCUCAAGUCCUUAUACGUGGACAAUUGUGUUUCCUCAGUGGAUUCGGUACAACAGUACGAAGAAUUCAAGAAAGUAUCAACAGGCAUGCUAUCGGAUGCCAAGAUGGAACUCCGGCAGUGGGAGUGUAGCGCAGGUCAUGAUUCCAGAGUCGGGUCAUCAUCAGGUGACUGCGGAUUGGGUCGUGAUGGAUGCGUUGCGCAAGCACUGACGGGGGUUCUUGGCAUAAUUUGGAAUAAGGAAGAGGACUCUCUGAAGAUCGAAAUUCCUAAGAAUCCACUGCCUGAAAAAUUGACCAAGAGAACGAUCUUAUCUGUUGCGCAUCAGAUAUUUGAUCCAUUAGGUUUUUUGAGCCCCGUAACUUUAAUCCCCAAACUCCUCAUUCAGAAGGCCUGGGAGAGCAAGUCGAGUUGGGAUGAAGAUUUAGAAGGGGGGCUCAAGAAAGAAUUUAUUUCAUGGUGGAGUGAAAUACGGAAGUUGGAAGCGGUUUCAGUUACACGCCAUGCUUAUGGAAAUCUGGGGGCCAAGUUGCAGCUCCACACCUUCUGCGAUGCGAGCAAAAACGCAUACGCAGCCGUGAUAUUUUUGAGAUCAGAAGACGAGAACGGAGUCAAGAUCCGGAUUCUCCAGGCAAAAUCAAGGGUGAGUCCACUCAAAGUGGUCACCAUACCAAGAUUGGAGCUGUUGGGGUGCGUCAUAGCGGCAAGAUUGACAGCACGAGUCAAGGAGGCGUUGACACUCGAAGACGUCCCAACACAUUACCACAGCGACUCAUCUACGGCGCUCUCAUGGAUUCGACGCAAUGAUGAGUGGGGCACUUUUGUGGGUAAUCGCGUGAAAGAAAUCUUGUCACUCACAAAAUCCGGAGAAUGGAGAUGGGUGCCAGGAAAGAUGAACCCAGCCGACUUACCUUCUCGAGGAUGUAGUCCGGAUCAGUUCCUAAAAUCGAAAUGGUGGGAGGGACCGGGAUGGUUGACGAAAUCGGAAGAAUUUUGGCCAUCAGGUGAAGAGGAACCCAACAUGGAUGAAGUUAUGAAGGAGAAGAAGAAAAGUGCCACCAUCAGCAUGGCUGUUGGGAAUUCUUCUAAUUAUUGGUACAUGGCUCAUUCCUCCUCCUACAUGAAAACUGUCAGGGCGUUCGCUUAUGUCCUGAAGUUUACCAACCGGAAUAAAGAAGAUCUCAGUGAGAGAAAAACUGAACUCACUGGAGCAGAUAUUUCCGUAGCAGAGAUGAAACUUCUCAAGAUAGUUCAAGAAGAAAGUUUUGGGAAGGAGAAGCAGUUGAUCUCUGGGCUGCGAGUGAAAGCGGAUCAAGAUGGACUUCUGCGUGUCCAAACUAAACUCAUCCAGAGGGAGGACACAGAAGCAUUCAGGAUGCCAGUAAUUUUACCACACUGCCAUCCAUUAGUGGACAUGAUGAUACGAGAAGAGCAUCUCCAUCAUCAUCAUGCGGGUGUCCAGUUUCUACUUAGUCAAUUGAGGGAGAAAUACUGGAUCACUCAAGGGCGCCGAGCCAUCAAGAGAGCAAUUGGAGCGUGUGCGCGAUGCCGGAGAUUUGCCACCAAGACUCCCAAUGUCCCAGCAGCAGCGCUUCCUGAAGAUAGAGUCAAGACCGCCAAGGCUUUCCAAAUUACUGGGAUCGAUUUGGCAGGACCUUUAUUCAUGAAAGACAGAACUAAGACGUGGAUAGUUCUCUUCACGUGCGCAGUGUACAGAUGCGUACAUUUGGAGCUAGUGACCGAGCUAAGUACGGAUGUGUUCCUCUUGGCGCUGGAUCGUUUUGUCUCAAGGAGAGGAAGACCAGCCACCAUCUAUACAGAUAACGGAACUAAUUUUCAAGGCGCGGACAAUCAGUUCAAGAAGUUGAAUUGGGCCGAGAUUGAAACGAAGACCAGACUCGUCAGAAUCGAGUGGCGAUUCAACCCUCCUUCAGCACCAUGGUGGGGAGGAUGGUGGGAGCGACUCAUCAGAAGCAUCAAGGAUUUGCUUAAGAGGAUGCUCGGUCACAGCAAAUUGAAUUACCAUCAGAUGGAAACCUACUUGUGUGAGGUGGAGGCCGUCAUGAAUGGAAGACCUUUGACCUACGUGAGUGAGGAUAUGGAGGAUUUGAUCCCCUUGACUCCAUCCAUGUUCCUCCAAGAUGUCACGACGACGGAUUUACCAGAGAUGGAGGUGCUCAACUCACAAGGACUUCAGAAGAAGUACAAGGAAAUGAUGAAGUUGAGGGAGGCGUUGAGGGAGCGGUUCCGAAAAGAGUACCUCUCUCAACUAGUCCAGCGUGGAAGUACCAAGAAGUGUGAAGAAUUCAAAGUCGGAGAUGUCGUCCUUGUGGGUAGCGACAAUCAAAAGCGACUACAGUGGCCUAUGGCGAAAAUUGUGGAGCUAUUUCCGGGCAAAGAUAAUGAAAUCCGGGUAGCUCGUGUCAAGACUCAAGGCGGAUUCCUAGUGCGACCCCUUCAGCGUCUCUAUCCCCUGGAAAUGUCAUCUCAAGAAGCAUUCCCCCUAGUGCCAGUACCCCUACCUGUCCCAGCGGCGGAGGCAGUGAAGAUGCCAGAAAUCAAGUCCGACAGUCGAUCCCGUUUUGGACGCAAGAUUGUAGUUCCAGAUCGAUUUGGAAAGUGA